AUGUACUCACCUCUACCACCACCAAACUCACCUCCGCCACCAAUCUCCUCCCACUUGAGACAUCUAAAUUCCCACAUUCUCUACCUACGGUACAAUCACCACCACCAAAAUCAGCUCGACCUAGGCAGUAGAAGAUGUUGCUGGUGGUGGCUGCUGCUGGGGGUUGUGAGAGGCUAUUCCACCGUGGCAAAGCACCAGAAAAAGAUGAGAUUGAACUUUGGAGGAACCGCAUGUAAACGGAGAUCUGGGACUCCGUCGAUGCGUGCACAGCCGGAAGCGACGGAAGCGCUGGCUGGCUCCCCUGCUCACGAGAGUCCCCCGUCGGUAAGCCAGCCGAAGCUACUGGGCUCCCAGCUUCAAAGGAUCUGGCCUCCGCCCUUGGCUCAGAUUAUCAACCGCCCAUCGCCUCUGGCCCAGGUCCCGGCUUCCAGUCUUGACCAGCCCCAAAAUGAUGGGUUAGCCAGAGGUCAACAGGCCGCGUAA